CUCUCACGCCGCGACGGAUGUCACGGUAUCAAAUAAAACACUUCCCUUUCCUCCCUCGGGCCAUGUUCUUCUCUUAUUCGUAUCUUCAUAUCGAGACACCCCAAGAAACUCAGCUUCUUUCAGCAUCAUUGUAUCUCCAAAGACCCUCAACGUCCAUACAACACAUAGUCGUGUCUCUUGAUACUUGCCCGAACACCGGCACCUCAAGCUAGGAUCUACGAGUCAGCCACCGGCACCUCGGUCAUACACAUUUGAACCCCGGGACACAGAUUCCGAAAGAAAAUUCCACAUUCAGAGCACAAUGGCAGGAUCACCACCGACCAUUCACGUCGAGCUUGAGCAUGACGACUACGAGAAGCUCGCCCAGACUGUAUGGUUCAGCUAUGAUGUCUGCGCACCAUCAAGGCCGCUGCCCACAGUCGAAGACCGCCAAGAGAUCAAGACAGAGAACCUCGUGAUCAGGCCGCUCCUGCCGUCAGACCUCGAAGCCUUCCACGAGCUGCGCAGCAUAUCCGAGUUGCAGAACAGCUCGACGGCCCGCGGGCGGCCCGACAGGGACCUGGAAGAGACGAAGGCGAACCUGGAGCAUCUACAGGCGCCGAGCGAGAAGCGCCACUGGUACUGGGGCGCGUUCCUGGCGUCGACGGGCGAGCUGAUAGGCGAGGGCGGCCUGCCGGACAGCGAGGACCAGCCGACUUCGGGCUGGACGCGGUUCGAGAUGCUGAUCAAGCCGGCGCAUCAGCGGAAGGGGUACGGCUCCGAGUUUUACAAGGCGGUGCUGGACGCGUGGUGGGCGCUGCCCGGCGAGAAGAGGAGGCGCCAGCUCCUGCCGAUCGUGGCCGGGGAGAAGGAGCCCGGCGACGAGAUCAGGGAGUCGAUCGAGCUGGUCUGGGAGUCCGAGAACGUGGUGGCGCGGAAUUUCUUCAACAAGAUGAUGGGCGUGUCCAAGGUGUCGCUGCAGGCCGUAUUCGUGGGCUUCGACUGGCGGGAAGGGCGAGAGGGAGACCUUCGGCGCUGGGAAGUUGUGCAUGUUGCAUGUCCUGAGCCCCGUGCGAAUCAGGCGCCGUCAUAUAAGGGUAUAUGGCGGGUCUAG